AUGUCAAAAACAGAAGAAAGAGUUUCAAUGACGUUUACGGAGAAUUAUUGCAUGAGUUCGCCAAGAAACACCACGGAUGUGACGCAGCGCCUGUUAUGCGAGCCAUGGGAAUUUAUUGAGACAACUCUCCCGCAGGGGGGAAAUAUUCCCAUCAGCGAGUCUUUGUUCUCCGUAAGCAACGGACAUGUGCGUGUGCGCGGGUAUGCAGAGGGGGCGAACAUGGCGGCCCCUUACGGCCGUCACGCAAACAACGAACAUACCGUCGGUCGGCGCUCCUCGAACAGGGCGGAGCCCACAACACUCAGAGUGAAGGCGCAAACGCCGGAAGAAGAGUCUCGAGGGACAUUUGUUAAUGGGAUAUAUGAGGAACGACUGUUAUCGCGUAGUCAUCGGGUUUUUACAGUUGGCACGUGUGCACGGGAAUGUUUUCUUAUUUGUGUUCCAGAUGCCUUUUGCGUGGAUGUUUUUGUCGGUAGUGAACAUGUGAGCGUGUCGACAGGAACAAUUCUGUCGCACAGGCGUGUUUUGGAUCUUUGCACGGGUGAACUUCGUCGUCGCCUGGUCUGGCAGUCGAAAAAUCAUGGACGUGAAGUGACGAUUGAGGCCUCACGUUUUGUUUCUCUCGCCCGUAAAAAUAUUGCCGCAUUAAAGUUAUCUGUGAGCGUUAAGAAUGUUCUUAAUACAGACAUUCGCAUUGUUUCCCGCACGAUGGUGCCGGUGAAUGCGCAACGGCACCUGAAGGUGGAGAACAUCGUUUCCCGCCACACUUUGAUUGAUGCCUCCUCGGCUGUGUGCGUGCGAACGCGUAACAGCUGCAAGCGACUUGUGGUGGCGGCCACAGAGGCGUGCUGCACCGCAACAACGGAUCACAAUUCCCCGCCACUGGCGGCGUUCUCUAACAUCGGGGGCGCGUCGCCGACGGGUGUCACACCGGCAGAAAGCUCUGUGACGAGCGGUGGCCGGUGCGGUACAUCGCCCCCAAGUGCGCAGCAGCAGCAUAAUCAACAACAACAACAACAACAGCCUCAGCAGCAGCAGCAGCAGCAGCAGAAACAGGCUGUCACAUUUCUUGCCUCUAAAUCUGCAGAGACCAUGGAAAGUGCAGAAACGAUUUACACGAGUGUCAUAAGUGAGUCGACGAGACUGGAACUUACCAAAUACAUCGCCUUCCUUGGCGACGAAGAUGCAACACCAGAGGAUAUGUGCGAUUUGGCCAUACAUAAUUCACGAGAGGCGGCGGGGGUGACGUAUGAUGCCAUGGUGAGUGAAAAUCGAAAUAUUGUGGCAAAAUUUUGGGAGGUGGCUGAUCUUCGUGUGAAGACUAAUAAUUCUUUUGUACAAGGCGCGCUUCGUUUUAAUCUUUUACAUUUGUACAUGUCAUUAUGUCGGGCGUAUGUUAAGGAAUCCCCACCACGUGGAUUCAUGAGUGAAACUAGUAAUGGUUUACAUCAUUGGGAUGUGGAUGCCAUUGCCAUUCCUUUUUUUUCGCACAUAGAUCCAAAAACUGCACGGGCUUUUUUGCAGUUUCGUAUCGAUACCUUACCUCAAGCAAGAAAUAUUGCGGCAGAUAUGGAUCUUCCACGAGGCGCUUUGUACCCACUACGCACCGUGUGUGGCGGGGAGAAUCGUCCUUUACCUUUUUGUGCGGCUUUCUUGUACGGUAAUGCGGUCGUUGCAUACGCCAUGCGUCGAUAUAUCAUGGCGACUAAAGACACGGCGUUGCUGCUUUGUGGUGGCGCGGAUGUUCUUUUUUCCACGGUGCUUAUUUGGCUUAUAUGGGGAACAUGGGACAAGGGGCAGUUUCACAUUCGAUCUGUGGGAGGUUUCGAUGAGUACAGUGGCUUGAGUGAUAACAAUCUUUUUACCAACCUUAUGGCCCAAAACCACAUGCAAUGGGCGGUACAAGUGGCGUCGCACUUUCAGAAGAAGCACCCACAGGAGUGGGAAACGUUGAAGGAAAGAUGUCAAUUUACCGAUGAAGAUCUUCUCAUGAUUGAACGGGCUGCUUCGAAAAUGGUGAUUCUUUUUGAUGCCAAAAAUCGUGUACACCCCGUUGAUCAGUUUUUUAUGCGGAAAAAGAAAUGGGAAUUUGGCGAUUUAAAGGCCACGAGGGGGUUUCUGAUUCAUACGUUUGAUCCCUCAGUUAUUUACCGUCACCAGGUGUGUCGAGCACCAGAUGUUGUCCUCGCUUCCAUGUUGUUGCCUGAGAAAUUUACGACGGAUGAGGUGCGGGCGAAUUAUAAUUUCUACGAGCCCAUCACCACCAACGAUUCCCCUCUUAGCUCCGUGAUGUUUACUGUGAUGGCCUCGCAAUUGGGCAUGAUUGAUAGGGCAAUGUAUCAUUUUAACCGUACCAUUUUUGUCGAUAUUGAAAAUGUGAUUGAUAGCACGGGCCGUGGUUUGCACAGCGUGGCGGCGGCAGCUGGAUCGUGGUGGUGCCUCGCGGCUGGUUUUGGAGGCAUGCGCGUCAUCCAGGGCGUAUUGCACUUUAAUCCAGUCUUACCAGACGAGUGGGAGGAGUACGAAUUUGCUGUGAGACACCGUGGCUGCCUUGUUUGUAUUAUUGUGACACGGCGAACGGUAACAUACGAAGUUGUCGAAUGCACCAGCGACGCGAAUGAACUUCUUAUUAUUCAUUCGGAUACGCAUCGGAUUCAUCUUCGAUUGGGCGUACCUGAGUCUGUUCGUCUCUACCGCGAUAUUCACGUAUUUGACUUUGACUGCGUUAUCUUUGACAUGGACAGUGUUAUUGAGGACGUGGAGGAUUAUCACUACGAGGCCUGGAAAAAGACACUAGAACCUUUUUUGCGGGAAAAUGGUAUGCAUUCCUUUAAAUUCACUGGGGAAUUGUAUCUUGCUUACCUGAAACAUGACCGACCCGUUCCCGCCCUUCAGCGUUUCCUCAUUAAACAAGGGGUAAAAGAAUUGAGUUUGGGCACUUCAGAGGAUAACAUGGAGUGUGACACUCUUUACGGCCUAUUCCGACGGAAGCAGUAUUAUUUUCGUAAAUGCGUAACGUAUCGAGGUUUACGUCCACGUGAAGGCAUAUUAGAAAUUCUCUCAGAGCUUCGACAAAGUGGUAUUUCUGUCGGAUGUGUCACGGUGAGUAAAAAUGGGCAUUGGAUGUUAAAUGAGGCUUCGCAGUUGCUCAUGUUGUUAGAUGGGUGCCUUGAUGGCGGUGAUGGUGAGUCGAUGUCGCUGCGGUGGCGCCCUGAAAUGGACUACUUCUCCGCCAUGUGUAGGCAACUUAACGCCUCGACCUCUCGCACGAUCAUCGUGAUGGACGGUAUCGAUGGCUUCUCAAAGAGUGCCCUGGAGCAGUUCAAGAUGAUUGUGGACAUUCAGAAGGUUCCUGAGGAUGUGACACUGGCGAUCCCGCGAGUGAACAUUUCAAGCCUGUCUGACCUGACACUGGCGCUCUUGGAUAGGGAGACAGCACGUGAUCACUCUUUUUCUCACCGAAGUACUUUAAACCAGGGCGGCAACGCACUUGUUUCCGGUGACAUUUAG